CAUUAUCAUCAUCUUCAGGAACAUCUCCUCCUGCGGCGGAGAGCGAGCAGUCCCUCCGGCACCGCCUGCUGGUGUCGGAGAACGCCGAGGUGGGCGUCAUGUUCGCCUCGAAGCCGGUCGUCCAGGCGCUGACCAACCUCUUUGUAGGGCCCCUCACUGCUCGCAUCGGCUACAGCUGGCCGCUCUUCUUCGGCCUCAUUCUGCUCUUUCUCUCCACUAUGGUCUUCGCCAUUGGCACCACCUACCCGACGCUGUUUCUGGCGCGGUCGAUGCAGGGCGUCGGCUCGGCCUUCACCUCGGUGGCGNAGUACCCCGACGACCGGGAACGGGGCAACUGCAUGGCCAUUGCCCUGGGCGGGCUGGCGCUGGGCGUGCUGAUUGGGCCGCCCUUUGGAGGGAUGAUGUACCAAUUUGUGGGGCAGAGUUCGCCCUUCAUCACCCUCGCCCUGCUCGCCCUGCUGGACGGAUGCCUUCAGCUGCUGGUCCUCCAGCCCGAGGUGGUGCGCGAGCAGGUGGCCGGCCCCUCCCUGCUCACCCUCAUCCGCGACCCGUACAUCGCCAUCGCCGCGGGGGCGAUCACCUUCGCCAAUGCGGGCAUCGCCAUGCUGGAGCCCUCCCUGCCCCUCUGGAUGAUGGACACCAUGGGCUCGAACAACUGGGAGCAGGGGGCGGCCUUCCUCCCCGCCUCCAUCGCCUACCUGGUGGGGACGAACGUCUUUGGGCCGCUGGGCCACCGGAUCGGCCGCUGGCUCAGCUCGCUCCUCGGUCUGGUGAUGAUCGCCCUGGCGUUGCUCAGUAUUCCCAUGGCCACCUCGCUCGCCGGCCUCAUCAUACCGAACGGGAUGAUCGGCUUCGCCAUCGGCAUGGUCGACUCCUCGAUGAUGCCCAUGCUCGGCUACCUGGUGGACAUUCGCCACAGCUCGGUGUACGGCAGCGUCUACGCCAUCGGCGAUGUCGCUCUCUGCGUCGGCUACAUCAUCGGCCCUGCCCUUUCGGGCGUCCUCGUCAACUGGUUCGGCUUUGGCGGCCUCUGCACCACCACCGCCUUUGUCUGCUUUCUCUUUGUGCCGGCGAUGUUUGCGCUGCGAAAUCCGCCACCGAGG